CUUCACUCACUCAUUCAUUCUCUCUGAGAGAUGCCCUAUCCACAAGACCCACGCACAAGCCCUACAGACUCAUGCUAAAAUGAAGCUUCUGCUGGCACUUUGUGCCGUUUGGAACAUCAUCCAACUAUCAGAGGGCUGUUCUUCUGGAGAAAUGACAGACCGACUCACCUGUGUAUCUGAUUAUUGGUUUACAAUUACCUGUACUUUGAGCAUCACUGACGAGCCUGCAGGUGUCAACUACACCCACUACUGGUUGUAUUUCACCUGGUCUGAUGAAGAUGGGAUUACAUUCAAAUGUCCACUGGUGGAGAUGGUGGACAGUUAUGGUUGCACAUUUGUGGCACAUUUUGAUAAUAAUUUAAUGUAUCACGGCUCUUCAUUUAAUACCAUGGAUUGUUUCCAUGUACAUCUUUGUUAUAACAUUGACUGCCAAAUCAACUAUGACAACUUGACAGACUUUGAACCAUCAAAAAAUAUUCAACCAACAGCUCCAAGUCAUCUCGCUGUCCAGUGGACUCCAGAGGGCUACAGAUGCACUUGGCAGAGUGGAUAUGAACACCAUGCAUACAUGACAGAUUUCCAUUACCAACUCUCCUUCUACAAAUACCAUGGUGAUAAGGGCGAGGUUUUUCAUGUGUCCUCUCGAAACAACUCUCUUUUAAUUGAUGGAUCUGGACUUGAGCCAGAUACCACAUAUGUUCUGAAAGUGAGAUCCGAUCCAAAUUCCUCUGAAUAUAAAGGACAGUGGAGUCCGUGGAGUGCAUUGGUGCAAUUGAGGACUGAUGCAAAGGAAGCAGAACCAACUAUAGUCCUUGUCCUCAGCCAGUUUGUAUUUCCAGUUUGUGUGAUUGCUGGAGUUCUGUUGUUUGUAUUUUACAACCCCACCACAAGAAUGAAGAUAAAAGCUUUCUAUGAUGUGCCAAGCCCAGCCCCCUUUUUCCAGCCUCUGUACAAAGAUUAUAAUGAAAGUUUCCAGGACUGGCUUGCGUCAGAGUGCAAUCUGAUACAAACCUGCAAGACACAAGAGUUCCUGACCAUCGAUACUUUGAUUAUUGAGGCCAAACCUAUAGCAGAGGACCAGGACUGUUCAACUACAACACCAUAUCCCCUUGCACAAGGUCAAACUCCCUAUGUUGGUCCCUCAGUGAUGGACUGGGUCUGCAGUCACAGUCCAAAUGGAAAUGGUCCAGGGGACAUCCCUUACACCCAGCUCCCCUGCUCUAGGGAGCUCCAGUUUGGAGAUGUAGUCACCUCUUUCUCUCAGGACCCUUCGGUCACCUGCGAGGGUGACUCUGGAUGUGAGGACUUAACACUCAGCCGUGAUAGCAGCUUGCCUAAUAGUCCUGUAUCUAGUGAGCCAGAAUGCAUCUGUACUGAUUACUGUAUCCUACACGAAACCUCUAAAGGUUUUAUCCCCACCGUUGUGCCCAAAGAGGUCUUUACUCAUCCCUUGAAGAGUUAUUGCAUAGAGGGACCAGGUAAGGAGGAAACCUGUGCCACUGAGUGAAGUUACCAAUUGUUACAUCAUAUGCCAAUAGGACACAGACUGCCUACCUCUUGGGUUGUGAAAAUGUACUGAGCAAGGGGUGUCAUAGUCUUUAUAAUUGACUAAAUUACAUAAGG